AUGAAACUUAAACUCAAGAGGUUGACUUUGGCUUUACUGCCAUGGACAGCGGCGUCGAGCCCAUUUCCGGUCGAGGAACGGCCGGCUAUGCCGGACGGCUCUAUCCAUGCCAACCACAUCUUCAAUGCGCUGCAUAACUCCAUGAAGAUGCUUGGCAGUGUUUUGCAGCACAAUGGGAUGUCCAUCUUCAUUGCGACGGUGCCUCAGGGAACCGAGUUCUACCACGGCACCUCAAGCCCUUACCGCAUUAACGGCACUGAAUGGCUCGCCUUCGAACCGGAACAUGCCAUGGCCUUUGCCCAUCCUCGCCGAAUCCGUCGCUCAGGGUCAUCAGAGGCUGUCAAUCAGCCACAUGACGAAAACAAGCGAAGCAAUACACAGAAUGGCCCCCUUAAUCAUGAGAUGGGGCCGUUUGAGCAGAGUGGUGGCUCGGAAAUCGAAACGGGUUGGUGGAUGCGUGACCAUGCCCACUGGGAGCAUGAGAGUCAACCUCAUGCCGAGUCUCGCCGCCACCGCAAGCAUAAGAACAAUAAAAUGGACAUGGGCGCCGAAGAUCCGAAGCCAUUCCAUCAUGGUCUCUUCAAUCUUCAAUGGAGUCGACUGCGCUCCCUGCUUCAGUACUUCGUCUUCGAGCACGGGGAUUCCCACAGGAUACAAAAGGUGAAAGGACUCGACCCUCAGGCUCUUCAAAGAACUCACCACGACCACCACAAAGGAACUGGCUCCCAGAGGCAGUCAGAAGCCAGUAAUCAAUCCCCACUCGGCGUCGAUGAACACCCCGCAGAGGAGCAAACCGGAUAUUUCCACACCUACCGGACCAAACGUGAACUGCGUCUCAUUUACUUUGAUGGACAAUCGGCCGCAAAAUCACUGAAAGGCACCCUCGAUAUGCAGGACAUUGUCCUGCGAAACGCAUCCCACUUUGACGGGAGCCCAGCGGAAGGCGACAACCUGCGUGCCGAUGACCUCUGUGCCUUGGCUCGCGACCAGUGGGACAACCGCGUGGACGGAUUCCUUCGAAUGGUCGGCGGCUUCGAAAUCAUCCUCUGUUCAUUCGCCAAGGAUCUCAACGUGGUAAGCAUCCUGAGCACCUAUCCAGCGCGCAAAGAAGAUGGGGGAUCCGGCCUCAGCUAUGCACGGGCACUUGCUACCCGGUUCGAUGGGAUCGGCGGCGACAGGGUAUCCAUCAACUACGACGACUUCGUCACAAUGUUCGCAUACCCUGAUGCAAUGUACUUCGACGGUAACGGUCUUCCCCGGGUAAUCAACGACUCUGCGAGGUUGGAGCCGGUCCGCGCACAUAUUGACCGGCUAGUGAAGCAGCCUGACCAGACCAAAGACACCUUUAACUGGCAGAAUGUCGUCGACAUGAUCAUCACUAGAUAUCACUACCGCAUUAAUCUCAUGCUGUCUUCCGCUAUUUCAACCCAUCAUGAGCUCCGACGUGAGCUCCACCUCGCUAUUGAACCGUUCAUCAACGCGCAUGCCCGCAACUCAACCGCAGAGAUCGAACGCUGCGCCAAUCAAUUCUGGGUCGCCGGAGCCAACAUGACUAGCGUCCCAGCUCAAGCAGUAUCUCAUGUCUCCGAAAGAUUAUGCUCAAGUCUAGUUGCAGGCGCCGGUGCAGAGACGUAUGACCAGGGCAUCGCAAUUAUCGAGGAUCUGAAGCGCUAUCUGGACUGGGCGAUAUUCAGGAAGUGCACUUGUUGCGAGCUGGAUGAAAUUUGUCAGCUUCCAAUUUGGCCUUCUGGCUCUCGGGAGGACUUUAUCCAGCCGCAGUGUGGUAUUGGGAGGGCCCAUGGUGCGGGCGGCUAUUGGGAUAUGAUGGGCAAGAUUCGGCAGCAGUGA